UCGGACCAAUUGGAAGAGCGCGGCGACGCGGGCAGCGCAGUCGGCGGCGGCAGAGCGAUCGGCAAGGAAAUCAACAACAAAAGCCAAUCUCGUCUCAAUUUUAUUUGCGUGCUUUUUGUUUCAGUGAAAAGUGAAGGCGCAGCCGCAGCAGCCCGCGUUGCUCGCGGUCCCACGAAUCUGUUGCUAUUUCAAUUGUGCAAGUGCGGUCCGGGUUUUUCGUUUUUUUUCGUUUUUUUUUCGUUUUUUUCGUUUUUUCGGGCUUGUGCGCGUUGUCCCAAUUGGAAGAAAAUCAGGGGAAAAUCAAACAAAUGAAAUAAAUGGGGCAAUAAGUAGUGAACAAGUGCAGUGGCGGAGAGGGAGCCGAAUUAAAUGUGUCAAAGCGGACUGAGUUCCAAAGUCAGUGAAAGAGCCGAGAAAACAAGAAGCUCCGAAAGAAGCAGUCGAAACCCAAGCAACGCGACGCACGCGUGUCCAACUGCCUCUUCCUCUUCCUCUGCGCGUUCUACACACGCGCGGCGCCCAUGUGUGGGUGGUGUAUCUGUGAUCUUGUGCAUUCGUAGACUGCCGCUCAUCUUUAUCUCUGAAAUCCCGCCAUCCCAAUGUUCUCGGCGGCCAAUGGCAAAAUCAAGCUGGACCCGGACGACGCCGAGCUGGCGACGUCGCCGCUGCGCUGCCUGCUCAACGGCCCCUUCCGCGACCUGCACUUCCACGCCGGCGACCACCGACUGAUCCCCGUCCACGACGUCGUCUUCCUCGACGACUUCGAGCACGCCGUGAAGCCUUUGAUCUACCGCCCCGUGACGUCAGAGGUCGCCGCCUCCGCCGACGCCGCGCCGGCAGAGGAGCCGCAGCGCAGCCUCGUCCCAAUCAGCAGUGAUACGUGAGUACAGCCAACAUUUUUACGAACCUGCCGUUUAAUAGCCCGAAAACAAAAGGCGGCUAACGAAAAUAUAUGCGCACGUACAUAAAACCACAAACAUGCACAUUACACCAGGUAUUUACCAUCCCGACAAGAUUAAUGCAGUUUAAUGCGUUUGUGAUACGCGUUUUACUUGCCAACUUUAUUGCCGGACUUAACGACUUAAAAAUCCAAUGUGGACUGGCGAACGGAAAAAGCGAGUUGACCAUCGGGCUAUUCCCUUUUUGCGGGUGAUUAAUAAAGCAUUACGCGAAUCGGUGGGGACUUAGUGAUUAUCAAAUUGAAACUAAAAUUGAAUUAAGUGGAUAACAGCGCAAAAGUGUGUGCUUAAACUGCAGCAGUGUAUGAAUAAAUUAUCCCGAGGAGCGAGCAAAACGAGUUGCAGUAUUACAAAUUUAAUGUGAAUAAUAUGAUUGAUUUCCAAAGCUUCCCUCGCAUAAAAAUAUUCCUAAUUACUUUAUAAUCGAAAUGAAAACAGCUUGUAUGUAUCAUUUCUCGUACAUCAUUUUUUUGGCGAUAAAUAGCUUUGAAUUAUGGCGACUCGCAGUUGCUUGGUGCUUCGAAUGCCACUUUAAACAUUUUCAAUGUCGCAGGCAAACAAUCCCAUUUGUCCUUGCUCGCCUGUUUUUGCUCCAUUUCCAUUUGCAGCCCCCAGCUCUCAGCCUUCCACUUUCUCCGUUCGCCUUUCUCCACCCAGCGUAAUCGCACGCAUCGGUCGGACAUGUAUUCGUUUUGACAACCUUCCCACCUGGCACGACGUUUUGUCUGUCAACCAUUGUAAUCAUAUUUCCAGCAGCAGUUAACCGGGGGAUGAAAGCGAAAGGAAAGUGCGGAAAGCGGGGAGAAAGCACGUUUUGUGCCGCAAGCAAAUUUAGCACGACACAAUCCGAGGUGCGACUA